AUGGACAAAAUAAUUGAUACACGAUUCGAUCGAGUUGAAAAGGCUCUUGUCAAUCUGAUAGCUUCAAUCUCCAAGUAUAGUCCUGUACCUGCUUUAGCCCAAGACCUUGUUCUUGCGGAUCGAGAGCUUAAUGAUGGAUUAUCACUUUUAAACCAGCAUCAGCAGAAUACCCAUACUCUUGAUACUCUCCAUGCAACCUCUGCAGCCCUCGAUACGAAAAUUCGCGACUUUCUUAUCCUUCUCACCAGCACACGAAGUGAACUUCUCGGCACUCCAUCCUCUGAGUAUCCAGAGAACAAGAAUCCAGUAGAGUAUGAAGAACUUCUUAGCUAUGCGCGAAGAAUCUCUAAAUACACAGCUCCGCCGGAGACUCGAUCUUCUAAACCUGAAGCAUCAUCACCGAAGCAAGAAGAAAUUGCGACAAAUGGAAGCACUACACCCAGUGUUACUGUGACUGGUAAUGGAGCGAAUGGAAACGCUAUGGAUACAGAUAUCCCUUCAGUGACUCCUAACGGAUCCAAUCCGCCCGCUGCAAGUCAAGACCAAGCAUCACAACAGCCUUCUCAGUCGCAAACGGCUCUUGAUGCAGAGAUUGUACAGGCUCUUAACACGAAACUCGAUGAUCGUCCAUUCCAGCCAUGGGCUCGUGAAGAGGAUAUCAGAGGGGGUGCAUUAGCAAAUAUCCAAGCAUUGCUUGACAGUGGGAUCGAUCCUGAAGGAUGGGAUCCCGAGCUUGAAGAACAAAAGAAGAGAGAGAAAGCUGAAGAGUUAGAGAGGGAGAAAGAGGCACAAAGAGUGAAAGAAGAGGAGAAACACAGAGCGGAUAUGGAGAGAAGGAACAACGCUAUGGGUGCUGGUGCAGGCGCAGGCGUCGGUGCCGAGAGACCAAAGGUAUUCCAACUUGAUGAGUUUGAUGACGACGAUGAUUGA